AUGGCAUCAGCCUUGCCACCUUUUGCACCGUUCGGAUCUGGUGGUGAAACCUGGGAAGGUUUCAUGGAGCGAUUCGAAUGUUACCUGAUCGCGUCAAAAAAUCAUAACCAGCCUGAAGAAGAAAAAUGUAGUUUCUUUUUAAGCUGCUGCGGCCCCGCAAUGUUCGUGUCAGCCAGAGCCUUAGCCGCCCCUCGGCCAGCCUACACCCUUGGCUGGGACACUCUGAUGGCCAGGCUUAAGGGCCACUACGCCCCGGCACCUUCCCGCAUUGCUCGCUGCUUCGCUUUUCACCGCCGCGUCCAAAAGCCGAUGGAAAGCAUCAGCCAAUUUCUGGAGUCGCUCCACGUAACAGCGGCUCAGUGCGACUUCCAGAAUUUGGACGAGAAUUUAGUUGAACAGUUUGUGUGCGGCGUGAGAGACAUACAUUUAAGAAGCCGCAUGUUUAGGCACCACGACAUCACCCUGCAGCAAGCCGUGGAGGCUGCCAGAGCAGCGGAGCUCUCUGAGCAGUCCACGGCCAACAUUGAAUGCCUGCAGCUGGCAUCGCCUCUCCUUGCCCCGAUGCCAGGGUGCCCUCCGUCUGCCUCGCAAGCCUGCCUGGUUGAUGAACUGUUGCCGCCAGAAGACCCCUCCAAUGAGGUUGUUGGCCAGCUUAGGGCGCAGCCUAGGCGCCCACCACCGCCACCACCACCUCCAGCUGCCUCUACUGCCUCCGGGUGCAUUGGUUGUGGCGGCCGCCAUGCCCGCACGGCCUGCCCAUUCAAAAACACCACCUGCCACCGCUGCAACAAAAAGGGGCACAUUGCCCAGGUUUGCCGUGCUUCUCUGCCUGCGCCGUCCUUCUUGCAGCAACCUGCCGCAUCCCAAGCGCAGCCGCACCGCCAGUCGCCGCGGCCCGCUCGGCGGGCUGAAGAUUGCCACACCGUGUACCUGCCAGAAGUCACUGGGGAAACCGUGAGCCAGGCGUCCGCCGGAGCCCGGAAGGUUUUGGCAUCGCUCCACCUGGAAGGUCAGCCUUGCCGCAUGGAGGUGGACUCUGGCUCCUCCCGAUCCCUGAUCUCCUGGGCCGCCUUCUCCCAUCUAUGCCCCCACAUCUCCUGUGCCCAGCUACUACCUGUGGACACAUCCCUUAGAGACUACAAGGGGACUCUCAUUCCCACCCUGGGGUCUUUUCCCAUCCUUGUGGACUAUGGGACUUUUCAUGGGCGUCUGCCCAUCCUAAUUGUAAAGAAUUCCCUCCCUGCGUUGCUUGGCCUUCACUGGUUUCCUCCCUUGGGUCUCUCUAUCGGGGGGGUGCAUAGGGUGGUUCCCUCCUCCCUGGAGGACGUCCUCUUAGAGUUCUCUGACGUCUUCGACAGCCAGCUGGGCUCCUACAGGGGCACCCCUAUCUCCCUCAACCUCAAUCCCCAGGUUGCUCCAAUUCGGCUCAAGGCUCGCCGGAUGCCUUUUGCCUUAAGGGCUAAGGUUGACACUGAGCUGGACAAGCUUUUGGCGCAGGGCGUACUCAAACCCGUCGACCAUUCACGCUGGGAGACCCCAAUCUUGGUCCCAGUCAAACCAGACGGGUCGGUGCGGAUCUGCGCCAAAAGAGCCAAGGACCACCCUGGCAUAGCGCGAAUGAAGGUGUUAGCCCGCAGCUAUGUCUGGUGGCCUUUGCUGGACACAGAGAUAGCGGCCUAUGUAGGCCGCUGCACCAUGUGCCAGCUCUCCCGGCCCAACCCUCCAUCCGGGCCUGCUCGAGAGUGGGAGGCUCCGAGAGGCCCGUGGUCACGCCUCCACAUCGAUUAUGCCGGCCCCUUUCACGGCCAGAACUUCCUGAUCAUGGUAGAUGCCUACUCUCGGUGGGUGGAACUGGUUAUCAUGACCUCCACCACAGCCGAGAGUACGGUCAGGGCCCUCCGCCAGUUGUUCGCAACCCACGGGUUGCCGGACGUCCUGGUCUCGGACAACGGGCCGCAAUUCACCUCUACCACAUUCCAGGAGUUCUUGGCCGAACAAGGGAUCCGGCAUGCGCCCACAGCCCCGUACCACCCAGCCUGCAGUGGCCGGGCGGAGCGGGCGGUCCGCUCAGCAAAGGAGGCACUGGGCCGUAUGGACCAGGGCGAUUGGCAGGCUAGGGUGGCGGCUUACUUACUAAGCCAACACUCCACCCCCUGCCCAACAACCAACAAAAGCCCCGCGGAACUCUUGAUGGGCCGGCGCCUGCGGAUCCCCCUGGAUAGGCUUCACCCGCUCUAUUCAGGGGACCAGCCGUGCAACUUGGGGGUCUCCCCUCCCCGUUCCUUCCGCCUGGGGGAUUUGGUGUGGGCCCGAUCUUUUGCGGGGGAGCCUAAGUGGGUAGCUGCUGUAAUCAAUUCCAUGACCAGCCCGUGUUCCUACAGGGUCGGACUGGCCAAUGGAUCCGAGUGGAGACGCCACUUGGAUCAAUUAAGGAGGCGCCUCCCUAUGGAGACCAGCGGGCCAAAGGAUCCAGGGCCCAACAGCACAGCCGCCUUCCAGCCGGUGCCAACAUCACAGGCCUUCCCACAUCCAGGCCUUGCCUACCCCGUGUUGCCAGAAUGUAAUGCUCAAGCCGACCCAACGCACCUUGAAUGGGCCUUCCCCAAGUCAGGCCCAGCCUACCCGAGCGCCCCCUGUUGGCAAGCGCCCCUGCCGUCUCAAACCGCAACCGGAAUCCCGCCAAUCUACAUCCCUCCGUUUGUUACCGCCCCCCGGCAACUUGACAAUCCUAUAACGGCCGCGCCCCAUCGGCCCGGCCUACCUAGCUCGUUGAGCCCGCCUUCUGGGCAGUCCAAAGAUGGCGACACUCGGAGCUCCACUCCCUUCGGGGAGGAGCUUCCAUGA